CGUCUCCGGAAGGGGCGGGCUUUGUGAAGAUGGCGGCGCCGGAGGUGUUGGAGUCAGACCUGCCAAAUGCCGUGGCCCUUUUGAAAAACCUGCAGGAGCAGGUGAUGGCUGUCACCACACAAGUGCAAGCUCUGACCAAAAAAGUUCAAGCUAAAGCCUAUCCUACAGAGAAGGGUCUCAGCCUUUUGGAAGUGAAAGAUCAGUUGUUGCUCAUGUACCUGAUGGAUCUGAGUCAUCUCAUCCUGGACAAAUCCUCAGGAAGGUCUCUUCAAGGACAUGCUGCAGUUUUGAGACUGGUGGAGAUUCGCACGGUUUUGGAAAAGCUUCGUCCUUUGGACCAAAAACUGAAGUAUCAAAUUGACAAACUGGUCAAGACUGCAGUGACAGGCAGCCUCAGUGAGAAUGAUCCACUCCAUUUUAAGCCUCAUCCCAGCAACAUGAUGAGCAAGUUGAGCUCUGAGGAUGAGGAAGAAGAUGAAGCAGAGGAAGGCCAGUCUGGGGCCUCCGGGAAGAAAUCUGGAAAAGGGACAGCUAAGAAAUACGUUCCUCCACGCUUGGUUCCAGUGCAUUAUGAUGAAACAGAAGCUGAGCGGGAGAAGAAGCGCCUAGAACGAGCCAAGAGACGGGCAUUGAGCAGCUCUGUCAUCCGGGAACUAAAGGAGCAGUACUCAGAUGCUCCAGAGGAAAUCCGUGAUGCUCGGCACCCUCAUGUUACUCGCCAGAGCCAGGAGGAUCAACACAGGAUUAACUAUGAGGAGAGCAUGAUGGUGCGCUUAAGUGUCAGUAAACGAGAGAAAGGACGGCGAAAACGAGCAAAUAUCAUGAGCUCCCAGCUUCAUUCCCUCACGCACUUCAGUGACAUUAGUGCUUUGACAGGAGGAACCCCUCAUCUUGACGAGGAUCAGAAUCCUACUAAGAAGCGGAAGAAGAUACCUAAGAAAGGUCGGAAGAAGAAAGGUUUUCGGAGGCGGCGGUGAUUAUGGGUGUACAUAUUUAUUUUUUUGUUACCCUGGAAUACUUCUAAUUCUACUGUAUGUAGGUUUUUCCUUGGAAUUCAUUAAUUGUUUGCUCUGAACAUGUGGGAAGAUCUUUAUUAAUAAAAUUGAUUUUACGUACAAAGUGAA